UGGUCACCAAUAUAGGUCCAUGACCUGAGUUAGAUCGUGGCGUUUGUGAACUUUUACAAGUGCGUCCGAGAGAUGUCCUAACCAGUAACGACGCGAGAUAAUGCGUCUUAUCGCGAGUUGAGGAGUUCGAGGGCGUGCACUUGCAUACAGAAAGCUCAGAUGAUGAAAAAGGAGAGGAACGGUAGAUAACUCUCAUUGCCCUUCUCUACAAAAGUGCAGGGGGCAGUCUUGAUAUCUACUUUUUUAUCCGUUGUACUCUGUCAGCAUUCAGCUCAUGAAAUAAGACCAUGGCGAACAUCAUCCCCGACCAAGAGAAAUGCCACUACAACUAUCUCGGCAGGUCGGGACUGAAGGUUUCGAACAUAUGUCUGGGGGCCAUGACUUUUGGACAAACUCCAGCCAGUCAAGGGAACUUAACCGAGGAAGCCUCCUACGCCAUCAUUGACCGAUACGUGCAGUGGGGAGGUAACUUCAUCGACACUGCGGAUGUCUACGGCAAAGGUGCUUCCGAGACGGUUGUCGGCUCCUGGCUAGCAAAGCAAGAACGAGAGAAUUUUGUGGUGGCGACAAAGGUGCGGGCGGUGAUGGACGACAAAAACCCAAACUUGGUGGGCAGCAGCCGUCGCCACAUCACCAGCAGCAUCGACAAAAGCCUGCGACGACUGCAGACAGACUAUGUCGACCUUUACCAGCUUCACAACUGGGAUGAUGCGGUGCCGUUGGAAGAAACUUUGCUGACCCUAAACGACCUGGUCAGGUGCGGGAAGGUGCGCUACCUGGGCGCCAGCAACUUUGGAGGCUGGCAGUUACAGAAAGUAGUAGAAGUCUCCAAGUACAUGGGCCUCAACUCCUUCAUCGCUCUUCAGCAACAAUACAACCUGGUCAGCCGCUUCUCGGAGAUAGAGCCAUUCCAGGUGUGCAAGCUGAACGGUCUUGGGGUGUUGCCAUGGAGCCCUCUAAAAGGUGGGUUUCUGAGCGGUAAAGUAAAGCUUUACGAGAAGCCAGUGGAGGGGCGACUGGGGCGCACUGCCGACAAUCCCAUAAACAUACAGUCUUCGCCAAACUGGUUGAACCUCGACAAGCGAACAGAACUGGAGAAGCUUGUCUUUACACUUUCAGGAAAGUCUGUGGCCCAGGUGGCGCUGCGCUGGCUUCUGCAGAAGCCAGUGGUCAGCUCCGUCAUCAUCGGCGUCACGAAGAUGGAGCAGCUGGAUGACAACAUGGCCGCCGCUAACGGCUGGAAGCUAACGGAUGAAGAGAUGUCGGAGCUGGACGAUGUGUCUAAGCCAGAAGUGCCUUACCCGUAUGAGAUGAUUAGGCGACUCAACGCUUCUCGGGCUAACUCCUGGAACCCACCCGGCUACGUGUGACCCUACAGGGGGCACUGGGUAUCUUCUAUCAACCUCUGGAGUUUUCUGACUUGCGAGAGAUUUGCCAUCGUGAGUGUCCAUGAUUUCGUGCGGGCACUCGGCGAAUUCACCUGCUUAUGUAUUCGCAGUGGAAAAUAAAUGGAGGGAAAAUGCAUGCAGAACUAAAGGCAAAGCUUGAGACGACCUUUUCACGUUUUAGCAGCUUGAAUAGUUUAAGCAUUUUUUUCUUACAUUUUGGUCGUCAGACUUAAAUGAAAGAGCAUGUGAUUCCGUUUUCCCUGUAUUGUUCAGAAGAUAGUUGGAUAAUAAAUAUAAUUUCUGAAAUCACACCAGCGUGCCAUGUG